CAGACCUCACCCACUGCCCAGCAAUCCCCUGAGGCAAGAGCGGGGCCUGAGGCAAGUCCAGCUCACACCCUGGCCGGGGGCAGGGAUGGGGCAGGUGGGGAAGGCUCCUGCUUGAGCAAUUGCAUCAGGCCCAGGCUGAGCAUAAAGGAGGGUCCUGUGGGCUGGGAGGAGGCAGACUCGGGGACCAUGGAGACCCAGAGGGCCAGCCUCUCCCUGGGCCGCUUGUCACUGUGGCUAUUGCUGCUGGGACUAGCGGUGCCUUGGGCCAGCGCCCAGGCCCUGAGCUAUAGGGAGGCGGUGCUUCGAGCUGUGGAUCGCCUCAAUGAGCAGUCCUCAGACCCCAAUCUCUACCGCCUCUUGGAGCUGGACCUGCCGCCCAAGGCUCAGGACGAGGACCUAGAUGCCCCAAAGCCUGUGAGCUUCACGGUGAAGGAGACCGUGUGUCCCAGGAGGACACUGCUGCCACCGGAGCAGUGUGACUUCAAGGAGAAUGGGGUGGUGAAACAGUGUUUGGGGACAGUCAACCUGUACCAGCUCAGAGACAACUUCGAUAUAACAUGUAAUGAGCUCCAAAGUGUUGGGUUAUUUGGCCGGAUUCGUGAUUCCAUCCGUAACCGUGUGAACAGGGUUCGAGAUGCGAUUGGGAAAGUAAUCGGAUACGUUGGUGAUAAAAUUCGCCCAGGGUAGAGUCCUAAUGAUCACCUAACUCUGGCUCAGUUGUUCAAACUCUGGAAAAUAAAUUCUUAUGAAUUUCAAAUUCA